AUGUUAGAAGCAGACGUGGAGGACGAGGAGUUGAGGGUAGCGGAUAGAUUGGAUGAAUUGGAUUAUAUCGAUGAGGAAUUUCUCGAGGAUAGCGAGACUUCUUUGCUUCGAGAAUCGAGUGAGACAGAAAAAGAUGUGACAGAGGCUGCGACUUUAUAUUUAAUAUGUCUAGCCAUCAGUACUGGAGGACUUCAAGUGAUAUGGACUGCCAUUAUGUCCCAAGGCUCUCCAUACUUGGUUUCACUCUCAGUUCCCAGCUACCUCAUCUCCUUAGUUUGGCUCGCUGGGCCCCUCUCCGGCGCCAUUGUUCAACCAUAUAUUGGCAUCCUAUCCGAUCGUUGUCAACAUCAUCUUGGUCGCCGCCGCCCAUUCAUCAUCAUCGGCACUAUUGCAACAAUUAUUUGCAUCCUCGCACUUCCUUGGACUACCGAUUUGAUCACAUACAUGUUUACCCUGUUCGGCGGUUCCCCCUUCGGUCAUGGUGCAAUGAUAUGUAAAGGUUUCAUGGCCGCUGCUUGCAUAUGGGCUUUGAAUAUUGCAAUCCAACCUGUGCAAGGAGGACUUAGGGCAAUCAUCGUUGAUUGUGUUCCGCCGAAACAGCAGGUCCGAGCAUGUGCAUAUGCCAGUUCUGCUGCGGGGAUAGGAUCAAUUUUAGGAUAUACCGCUGGUUAUGUCUCUUUACCAAAGUAUCUACCUUGGCUUGGGGAUACGCAGCUAAAAGGACUUUGUCUGAUUGCUUCCGUAGCAUUGGGCUCAACUGUUGCGAUAACUUGUUUCACUGCGAAGGAAAAACGUUUUGUCAAUUUGGAUGCAGGGUUCGAAAAACAGAAUUUGGCAGGGACAUUUCGUCAGAUUUUGGGGAGUAUGAAGACAUGUCCGAGGGAAAUUAGAAAGAUCUAUGAAGUGGAAUACAACCCAAUAUCCAAAAAAGCAACACCUACCCUCACAUUCCCAACCACCCCACCUCUUCCACCGUCACCUCAUUCAAUCCGGCAUGCGACAUUUAUUAUGAUUCUCUUCGCCGUUAUCGCACUCAUCUCGAACCUCACAUUACCUCUGUUUAUCUCCCCUUCCUCCAACAACUCUAAACACCAGAAACCAGCUUUUUUGGCCCGCCUCCAUAUUAGAUCUCUGACCCUUCCCCGCGCCUGGACACUCUCUCAUCUCCUCACCACCCUUCUAACCAUCUCCACCCUAGUAGCUCAGACCUUCCUCUCCACCUCCAUCCUCAUCAUUUUCCUCGGUAUCUCCUGGGCUAUCACUGCCUGGAUUCCUUUAGCUCUCAUCUCCACCCAAAUCUCCCAAUCUCAGAUUCAAUCUCAAUCUCAAUCUCGCUCCACUAUCUCCACCUCCUCCAUUCCCCUUUCCUCAAUAUCCCAACCCACCUCUCCUUCUCACAAAAGAUACAAAACCCGAGGACCACUACAAGCAGGCACUAUAAUGGGCAUCUACAACAUUGCAAUAGCUCUCCCACAAAUUAUCGCCGCUGUACAAGGAAGUCUUAUCUUUUGGGUGUUGGGAGAAAUCGGAAUUGUGGGCACGGAAGCAAUGGGUUGGAUGAUUAGGUUGGGAUGUUUGGGAAGUAUGUUCGCGGCUUGGUUGGCGGAUGCUUUGUAA